UGUUUCAUAGGCUUCCCCACCAGACUGUGAGCUCUAUAGGGCUGGCCCCCAGAUCGGUUCCACCACCAGGCUCUCUCGCCUAACUCGGCCCACGGGAAGCGGCUAAAUAAGUUCCACCGGAGGCGGCUUUCAGCUGCUCUGGAUCAAUUGCUCAAAAGGCAGCGGCCACCGGGUGGCCUGAUUUAGUUGGCCCCGCCCUGCAAGGGCCUUACUUCCGGGAUUCUUCGGGCGGGAGCAAGAAGCAUGGUCACAUUUGACGUCCUGCGCCUGCGCACACUCCGUCUUGCGCCUGCGCAUUCCUGACAACUCCGGGACCGGACAUAACGGUCCCCGCGCGGCUCUCCGAACCGGAAGUGGAGGUGAGCUGUUGCGGGCCGCGCCCGGCCUCGCUCAACGCCCGGUAGCCCCCACCGUCGCCGCCGCCGCCCUCGGCCGUUGCCGAGGCCUCCUGCAGCCACCAUGUCCGCCAGCGCCGUCUACGUGCUGGACCUGAAGGGCAAGGUGCUCAUCUGCCGGAACUACCGUGGCGACGUGGACAUGUCAGAGGUGGAGCACUUCAUGCCGAUCCUGAUGGAGAAGGAAGAGGAGGGGAUGCUGUCACCCAUCCUGGCCCACGGAGGGGUCCGCUUCAUGUGGAUCAAACACAACAACCUGUACUUGGUCGCCACGUCCAAGAAGAACGCGUGCGUGUCGCUGGUGUUCUCCUUCCUUUAUAAGGUGGUACAGGUGUUUUCCGAGUACUUCAAGGAGCUGGAGGAGGAGAGCAUCCGGGACAACUUUGUCAUCAUCUACGAGCUACUGGACGAGCUCAUGGACUUCGGCUACCCCCAGACCACCGACAGCAAGAUCCUGCAGGAGUACAUCACCCAGGAAGGCCACAAGCUGGAAACAGGGGCCCCGCGGCCCCCAGCCACCGUCACCAAUGCGGUUUCCUGGCGGUCCGAAGGCAUCAAGUAUCGGAAGAAUGAGGUGUUCUUGGACGUCAUCGAGUCUGUUAACCUCUUGGGUAAAUACCCAGGAGUGGGAUGGCUGGGUCACACGGUCAGCGCCAACGGCAACGUCCUGCGCAGCGAGAUCGUGGGCUCCAUCAAGAUGCGGGUGUUCCUCUCAGGGAUGCCUGAGCUGCGCCUGGGCCUCAAUGACAAGGUCCUCUUUGACAACACAGGCCGCGGCAAAAGCAAAUCCGUGGAGCUGGAGGAUGUGAAGUUCCACCAGUGUGUGCGGCUGUCACGCUUCGAGAACGACCGCACCAUCUCCUUCAUCCCGCCCGAUGGCGAGUUCGAGCUCAUGUCCUACCGCCUCAACACCCACGUCAAGCCUUUGAUAUGGAUCGAGUCGGUGAUUGAGAAGCACUCCCACAGCCGCAUCGAGUACAUGAUCAAGGCCAAAAGCCAGUUCAAGCGGCGGUCAACAGCCAACAACGUGGAGAUCCACAUUCCUGUGCCCAACGAUGCCGACUCGCCCAAGUUCAAGACGACGGUGGGGAACGUCAAGUGGGUCCCCGAGAAUAGUGAGAUCGUGUGGUCCAUCAAGUCCUUCCCGGGUGGCAAGGAGUACCUGAUGCGGGCCCACUUCGGCCUGCCCAGCGUGGAGGCAGAGGACAAGGAGGGCAAGCCCCCGAUCAGCGUCAAGUUCGAGAUCCCUUACUUCACUACCUCUGGCAUCCAGGUGCGCUACCUGAAGAUCAUUGAGAAGAGCGGGUACCAGGCCCUGCCCUGGGUGCGUUACAUCACACAGAACGGAGAUUACCAGCUCCGGACCCAGUGAGGGGCUGUCGCUGCCAAUGCCCCGGCCCCAGCACCAGGGGACACACCUGCCAAGCCCACCGGAUGGAGGGGCCCUCCCUGGACUCGGGCUAGCCUCCAUCCAGGGACCCCUGCCUUCCCCAGGCCACCUGCUCUGCCAUCAACACUCAUCUCAGAAGCCGCAUUUCCCGAAGAGGCUGGUCUUCAAAAAGUCUCGUCUCUUUGCCCCUGAAGUCAGUUUCAGGGGAAGGAGAUGAAAACUUUCCCUCUAGAGGUUACAGCCUUUUAUGCUGUUGAGCUCCCAGGUACUAAGAAGCUUGGCCAGCGCUUGCCAGACAGACAGCUGCAGGUGGCAUCUGCCACCAAGGAAGCGCCAGCCUCACCAGGCCAGCCGGUGCGUCGUCUUGUUGCCAUUUUGUUGAACGUGAUGGGUUUAUGGGUGUUCCUGGAGCUUGUCUUUGUGCGUUCGUUGCUGUUUGUUACCCUCACCAUCCCACAUCCCAGGGCACUCAGGCAGCACUUGGUGAGGACGGGCCCUCAUCCUCGUCUUCCUCCCCAGCAGUGCAUGCAGGGGGCCGUUUACACAUUGGUGCCGGGACCUGGUGCUCUCGGGGGCCACUGCAGCAUCUGCCUGCUCCCUGGAGGCCCCUGUUCUGGACUCACAGGCCUCACCCUGUGGCGCCUUCUCAGGGCCAGCCUGGGUCACAGGACGCCGUCACUCAGCCAGAUCAGUAUUUACCCAGCAGGGGAGGUGGGAUUCGGUGAGAGACGCCGGCCUCAGACUUCUUCCCACUGAGGGUCCAGAGAGCGGGGCCAUGUGUCACCCACAUCUGCGCUUGGUCACCACCCUCCCCACCCUAUGUGUGUUCAUGUCAUAGUUACAUUAAAUUCCAUUCAUUGAAUACUC